GCCUGUGCGGGACAGUGGGCUGCGCGGCCGUCUGUGCAUGUGCAGUGGGCAGCCGGGCCGGCGCGGGGCUGCCGCGCGUGACGGAGCGGGUCGAGGCCGCCGGGAGGCGCAGGGAAGGACGAAGGGGCCGGCCUGUGGGCUGCGAGGGGCGCGUCCCCACCCAGGGCCUGCGCGGGGGUCGCGGGGCGCAGGCGCGGCAGGCGGGGGUCCUCCCCACGGGCGCGCGGGCGCCUUUGUUCCCGGCGCGCGGGCCGGGGGCGGAACCUGUAGCGCCGCCCCGCCCCCGCUCACGCCCCGCCCCGUCUCCGCCUGCAGGAGCCGCCGCCGGGGCCAGCUCGCCGGCAGCCUCAGCCCCCGCUGCCGCCGCCGCCGCCCGCUCCCCGGCCGGGCCUGUCCCGCCGCCGCCGCCGCCGCCCCCACCCCGCCGCUUUGUCCCCAGCUCCGGAGCCAUGGCGGGCGCAGCGUCCCCCUGCGCCAAUGGCUGCGGCCCCGGCGCGCCGUCGGACGCCGAGGUGCUGCACCUCUGCCGCAGCCUCGAGGUGGGCACCGUCAUGACUUUGUUCUACUCCAAGAAGUCGCAGCGGCCCGAGCGGAAGACUUUCCAGGUCAAGCUGGAGACGCGGCAGAUCACGUGGAGCCGGGGCGCCGACAAGAUCGAGGGGGCCAUUGACAUUCGAGAAAUCAAGGAGAUCCGCCCAGGGAAGACCUCUCGGGAUUUUGAUCGAUACCAAGAGGAUCCUGCUUUCCGGCCAGACCAGUCACACUGCUUUGUUAUCCUAUAUGGAAUGGAGUUCCGCCUGAAGACCCUGAGCCUACAAGCUACGUCAGAGGAUGAAGUGAACAUGUGGAUCAAGGGGUUAACUUGGCUGAUGGAGGAUACAUUGCAGGCAGCCACACCCCUUCAGAUUGAGAGGUGGUUGCGGAAGCAGUUCUACUCAGUGGAUCGGAAUCGUGAGGAUCGUAUAUCAGCCAAGGACCUGAAGAACAUGCUGUCCCAAGUCAACUACCGUGUCCCCAACAUGCGCUUCCUCCGAGAGCGACUGACGGACCUGGAGCAGCGCAGCAGCGACAUCACCUACGGGCAGUUUGCUCAGCUGUACCGAAGCCUCAUGUACAGCGCCCAGAAGACGAUGGACCUCCCCUUCUUGGAAGCCAGUUCUCUGAGGGCCGGGGAGCGGCCAGAGCUCUGCCGAGUGUCCCUACCUGAGUUUCAGCAGUUCCUCCUUGAGUACCAGGGGGAGCUGUGGGCUGUCGACCAGCUCCAGGUGCAGGAGUUUAUGCUCAGCUUCCUCCGAGACCCCUUACGAGAGAUAGAGGAACCAUACUUCUUCCUGGACGAGUUUGUCACCUUCCUGUUCUCCAAAGAGAACAGUGUAUGGAAUUCGCAGCUGGAUACUGUGUGCCCAGAUACCAUGAACAACCCUCUCUCCCACUAUUGGAUCUCCUCCUCGCACAACACGUACCUGACUGGAGACCAGUUCUCAAGCGAGUCCUCCCUGGAAGCCUAUGCUCGUUGCCUGCGGAUGGGGUGCCGCUGCAUUGAGUUGGACUGUUGGGAUGGCCCAGACGGAAUGCCAGUCAUUUACCACGGACACACCCUUACCACCAAGAUCAAGUUCUCAGAUGUGCUGCACACUAUCAAGGAGCAUGCAUUUGUGGCCUCAGAGUACCCAGUCAUCCUGUCCAUCGAGGACCACUGCAGUAUUGCGCAGCAGAGGAACAUGGCCCAGUACUUUAAGAAGGUGCUUGGGGACACACUCCUCACCAAGCCUGUGGACAUUGUUGCUGAUGGGCUCCCCUCACCCAACCAGCUCAAGAAGAAGAUCCUUAUCAAGCACAAGAAACUGGCUGAGGGCAGUGCCUAUGAGGAGGUACCUACAUCCGUGAUGUACUCUGAGAACGACAUCAGCAACUCCAUCAAGAAUGGCAUCCUCUACCUGGAGGACCCCGUCAACCACGAAUGGUACCCCCACUACUUUGUCCUGACCAGCAACAAGAUCUAUUACUCUGAGGAGACCAGCAGUGACCAGGGCAAUGAGGAUGAAGAGGAGCCCAAGGAGGCCAGUGGCAGCACAGAGCUGCACUCCAAUGAGAAGUGGUUCCAUGGGAAGCUUGGGGCAGGACGGGAUGGGCGGCACAUUGCUGAGCGGCUGCUUACCGAAUACUGUAUUGAAACUGGGGCCCCGGACGGCUCCUUUCUAGUGCGCGAGAGUGAGACCUUCGUGGGCGACUAUACCCUCUCUUUCUGGCGGAAUGGGAAAGUCCAGCACUGCCGGAUCCACUCACGGCAGGAUGCUGGUACCCCCAAGUUCUUCUUGACAGACAACCUUGUCUUUGACUCGCUCUAUGACCUCAUCACACACUACCAGCAGGUGCCCCUGCGCUGCAACGAAUUUGAGAUGCGCCUCUCAGAGCCUGUCCCACAGACCAAUGCCCAUGAGAGCAAAGAGUGGUACCACGCCAGUCUCACCAGAGCACAAGCUGAGCAUAUGCUGAUGCGUGUCCCUCGUGAUGGAGCAUUUCUGGUGCGGAAACGGAAUGAGCCCAAUUCAUAUGCAAUCUCUUUCCGUGCUGAGGGCAAGAUCAAGCAUUGCCGUGUCCAGCAGGAGGGCCAGACAGUGAUGCUGGGCAACUCAGAGUUUGACAGCCUGGUUGACCUUAUCAGCUACUAUGAGAAGCAUCCACUGUACCGCAAGAUGAAACUGCGCUACCCCAUCAAUGAAGAAGCACUAGAGAAGAUUGGCACAGCGGAACCAGACUAUGGGGCCUUAUAUGGGGGCAACCCUGGCUUCUACGUAGAGGCAAACCCUAUGCCGACUUUCAAGUGUGCGGUCAAAGCCCUCUUUGACUACAAGGCCCAGAGAGAGGAUGAGCUGACUUUCACCAAGAGUGCCAUCAUCCAGAACGUGGAGAAACAAGAUGGUGGCUGGUGGCGUGGGGACUAUGGUGGGAAGAAGCAGCUGUGGUUCCCGUCCAACUACGUUGAAGAGAUGGUCAGCCCAGCCGCCCUGGAGCCUGAAAGGGAGCACUUGGACGAGAACAGCCCCUUGGGGGACUUGCUGCGGGGGGUCUUGGAUGUGCCAGCUUGUCAGAUUGCCAUCCGUCCUGAAGGCAAGAAUAGCAGGCUCUUCGUCUUCUCCAUCAGCAUGCCUUCAGUUGCACAAUGGUCCCUGGAUGUCGCUGCUGACUCCCAGGAGGAGCUGCAGGAUUGGGUGAAAAAGAUCCGUGAAGUAGCUCAGACUGCAGAUGCCAGGCUCACAGAGGGAAAGAUGAUGGAGCGAAGGAAGAAGAUUGCUUUGGAGCUCUCUGAGCUAGUAGUCUACUGCCGACCUGUUCCCUUCGAUGAAGAGAAGAUUGGCACAGAACGUGCCUGCUACCGGGACAUGUCGUCUUUCCCGGAAACCAAGGCUGAAAAAUAUGUGAACAAAGCAAAAGGCAAGAAAUUCCUUCAGUACAACCGGUUGCAGCUCUCUCGAAUCUACCCGAAGGGCCAGCGCCUGGACUCCUCCAACUAUGACCCCUUGCCCAUGUGGAUCUGCGGCAGUCAGCUAGUGGCCCUCAACUUCCAGACCCCAGACAAACCUAUGCAGAUGAACCAGGCGCUUUUCAUGGCCGGAGGGCACUGUGGCUACGUGCUGCAGCCAAGCACCAUGCGGGAGGAGGCAUUCGACCCCUUUGACAAGAGUAGCCUCCGAGGGCUGGAGCCAUGUGCCAUCAGCAUCGAGGUGCUGGGGGCCCGGCAUCUCCCAAAGAAUGGCCGAGGCAUUGUGUGUCCUUUUGUGGAGAUUGAGGUGGCUGGAGCUGAGUAUGACAGCACCAAGCAAAAGACAGAGUUUGUGGUUGACAAUGGACUGAACCCUGUGUGGCCGGCCAAGCCCUUCCACUUUCAGAUCAGUAACCCUGAAUUUGCCUUCCUGCGCUUUGUGGUGUAUGAGGAAGACAUGUUCAGUGACCAGAACUUCCUGGCACAAGCCACCUUUCCAGUGAGAGGCCUGAAAACAGGAUACAGAGCAGUGCCUUUAAAGAACAACUACAGUGAGGACCUGGAGUUGGCCUCCCUGCUUGUCAAGAUCGACAUUUUCCCUGCCAAGGAGAACGGAGACUUCAGUCCUUUUAAUGGUGCAUCCCUUCGGGAGCGGGGCUCCGAUGCCUCUAACCAGCUAUUUCAUGGCCGGGUCCGAGAAGGCUCCUUUGAAGCCCGCUAUCAGCAGCCAUUUGAGGACUUCCACAUCUCCCAAGAGCAUCUCUCAGACCAUUUCGACAGUAGGGAACGAAGGGCCCCACGCAGGACUCGGGUCAACGGAGACAACCGACUCUAGUUGUGCCCAGCAGGUGCUCUGCGCCUCGUGGAAUGCCAGGACCUGGGUUCUUUGGCAGUGGCCUGCCGUGGCUGCCUUCCUGGCCUCGCGGCCUGGAGCCUGAUCCCAGCAGGGAACGCUAGACAAAACCAAGCCAUUAAUGAGAUGUAUUACUGUUUUGGGCCUCCAUGCCCCAACGCUGGGUGAAGGCAAAAACUGUACUGUGUCUCAUAUUAAGCACACACAUCUGGCCCUGACUUCUGGAGAUAGAGCCUCCCAUCUUGUGGGCCCAAGACCGUAGCCCCUUGGAGAGACAGGCUGCCUCAGCUGGAGGCACAGGAGGCUCUAAGGAGCCACUAACAUUCCUGAGAGUGGAGGAGCAGCAGCAGCUUUGCUGGGCCAGGGAAACAAGUUUACAUUGUCCUGUAGCUUUAAAACCACAGCCAGGCAGGGUGGGAGGACAGACGCCCCUGCAGUUUGGCCCUGGAGCCAGGGCAGAGGAGCACAGGGGCUCUGCCUGCCCGAGGAAGACACAGCACAAGGGCACAUUGCCCAUGGCUGGGAAUGCUCCCCAGCCUGAAAGAUACAGGGGAUCAUGUUAAAAAUAGCAGUAUUAUUUUUCUUCUCCGUGGUAUUGUAACUUAUUUACUUCUCACCCUGAGAAGGAAGCCUUGGAGCAGAGCCUCCCAGAAGAGAGCAGCAGGCAGACUGCCUGCUGUGCCGGGGGAGGAGGGCUCAGUGUCUAGUGGGAAGGCACCAUCAAGACUGCGGUGAGGGCUGAGAAGAGAAGAAAUAGCAAAGCCUAUUCUGGUGAGUCAAAGACGACUCAGUAUACUUUCCCUUAGGAAUGAAAGGAAGAUUGAGGAGGUACCUACCUUGUGGGUAGGUUGGGGGAGACAGGCAAUCAGGUGCUGGCCGAAGCUGCUGUGCUCGUGGCAGUUUCUGUGUUGUUGACAAAAGAUCUGAGGACACGGGAAGGCAGCCACUACCUGUGAGGGUAGAGGCUGGGGUCCAGGCCCAUGGGUGCAAAGGUGCCUGACAGCAUAGCCAGCAUCCAGCACACGCAGACCCACGGCCCACAUUUGGACUCUGGGUUGGCCAUUUGCUAGUUCUGCUGCCCUCUUAAGAUCUGACUGCCAAAUAAAUCAUCCUCAUGUCCUUUUUCCUUUUAA